CGCGUAAAAAAAAAAGACAAGAGAUUGUCGGAAAAAUGUUGUGUUAGAGAGAAUGUAGAACAAGGCAGCUGGGGAGCCUGCUUUUAGAGGAAUAAACACACAAUUGUUUCUUCCUCUACCCAUUUCAUGCAGCCCCCUUCCACAAAAUCUUGAUUUGCAUACAAUUUUUUUUUCUUCUUUUUCCUUAAAUACACCAAAAAAUUUAACCCAGAAAAGGAAAAAGGAGGAAACUAUACGAAAAUUUUAUGUUAUUUGUCUGAUUUGGGAGGGAUGGGAAAUCAAGAUUUUGUUGCUGCGCCCCCAAAAUGGAUGGAUCCUCCAACCGUGACGAAGAAGAGGCUCUAUCAAGUUUGGAAGGGUAGAAAUAAUUUUUUGUGUGGUGGGAGAUUGAUCUUAGGCCCCGAUACGCGGUCAGCCCUGCUAACUACCUUGAUGAUAGGGGGACCUGCAUUGGCAUUCUGUAUCAAGAUGUAUCUGAGGAUUUCGACAGCAGGAGACGUGUCUUGGGGUCAUGCUGUCUCGAUUGUGGGACUUGUCCUAACACUUUUGGAUUUGAGCUUCCUCUUCAUGACAUCUAUGAGGAAUCCCGGGAUAAUUCCCAGGAACACGAAGCCGCCUGUCUUAGAUAACGUGUCAUUAGACUCCUUCCCGUCCAUAGAGUGGAUCGCUGGUGUGAAUCCGGAGGUGAAACCGCCAAGAACAAAGGAUGUCGUUGUCAAUGGCUACGUGGUUAAGGUCAAGUACUGCGACACUUGUUUGCUGUACCGUCCACCACGUGCUUCACAUUGCUCGACUUGCAACAACUGCAUCCAGAGGUUCGACCACCACUGCCCCUGGCUCAACCAGUGCAUUGGAGCUAGGAACUACGCCACGUUCAUCUUGUUCAUAACAACCUCAACAAUCUUGUGUGUGUAUGUCUUCACAUUCUCAUUGGUGAACCUCCUCAAAGAAUCCGGGUGGGCGUGGAGGGUGCUGUCGGACGACAUGAUGUUGGUUUCCCUCAUCAUCUACAGCUUCAUCGCAGUCUGGUUCGUUGGAGGGCUCAGCGUCUUCCAUUACUAUCUCAUCUUCACCAAUCAGACAACAUAUGAGAAUUUCAGAAGCAUAUAUGGCAAGAGGGAGAAUCCAUACAACCUAGGAGUGAUGAAGAAUCUCAAGGAGAUCCUCUGCUCCAAGACGGCCCCGUCUCUUGUGAACUUCCGCGAAUGGGUGAGCGAAGAAGAAGCUAGGUUUGCAGAAUCCAUAACCAAGAGAUACGGUGGCGACAUCAACAGAAAGGGAGACAUGGAGCUCAACUUUUAUGGCAAGGAUGGGAAACCACUCCCACAAUUUGUGCAGGACUAUGACAGAUUUGAGGAAAGUUUGAAGGAGGGCAGAGGAGGUAAAUCAGCCACUGAUCCUUUCUUCCUUCCCUUCGACGAGGAUCAAAGAAACGAGACCCAUGAUCACGCUCACGCCUCUGAUGAUGACAGCUCGCGAAGUUCAUCAAUGGCCGUAUCUCCAAGAUGAGUGACUAACAAGUCCUUGUUGGAAUGUCCGAGAGAGAGAGAGAGAGGCGCGUCCUCUUCACGGCCCAAUUAAAAAAAUUCGCCAAAAUUUUGGGCAACGAAAGAUGGGGCUCGCCGCUGCAGAGCCAGUGGCUCGAACGGAUAGGGUUCACCUGUAAGUCCGAAAGCGUAGCUCGCAACUGUGGAUGUUCUUAAUCAUGUUAAUCUUCAAUCAAGCUUAGUUCGCGACUGUGGAUGCUCGUAGUCGUGUCAAUCUUUAAUCGAUACAAGAGUCUAUUCUCGAUUUCUAUUUUCUUGGUAUAAUCAAUUACUUUAUCUUAAUAAAUUAAGCGAGUCUUUGUUUGGUUGAUCUAGAUUAUACACAAUAAAAACAAAAGCAAAUGGUCCAUAUGUUAUAAGAUUUAGUAAACAAUAAUUAAUCUUCGU